GAAGUCAAGAGCCCCGCAGGAAACUUGCGUUAUUGCACCCGCUGCCGCAAACCCGCAAACCCCGGGCGGCGGACGGGCCGCCAGGCUGGCUCCCAAGGAACGCGCCCCCUCCGCGGCUGGCCCGCCCUCCCCCGGGGAACCCGCGGCCUCGGGAACCAUGUCGGGCAGGUCAGUUCGAGCCGAGACCAGGAGUCGGGCCAAAGAUGAUAUCAAGAGGGUCAUGGCGGCUAUCGAGAAAGUGCGCAAAUGGGAGAAGAAGUGGGUGACGGUGGGUGACACAUCCCUGCGAAUCUACAAGUGGGUCCCUGUGACGGAGCCAAAGGUUGACGAUAAAAACAAGAACAAGAAGAAGGGCAAAGAUGAGAAGUGUGGCUCGGAGGUGACCACGCCGGAGAACAGCUCCUCCCCGGGGAUGAUGGACAUGCACGAUGACAACAGCAACCAGAGCUCCAUCGCAGACGCCUCCCCCAUCAAACAGGAGAACAGCAGCAACUCCAGCCCCGCGCCGGAGCCCACCCCCUCCGCGCCCUGCGAGGGCACCACCGCCAAGGCCGAGGAGGCCCAGGCCGAGGGCAAGGAGCUCCCUGGGGCCGAAGAUGCCUCUGACGAGCAGAAUUCACAGUCUUCCGUGGAAAACUCGGUGCACAGUUCCGAGAAAGCCGAGCGGCUGCCAUCUGGAGAAGCGGGUCUAGCUGCAGAGACGCCCUCCAUCUCUCAGGAUUUGGAAGGAGGGCCGCCCUCUAAAAAGAUGAAACUGGAGACUUCCCAACAAAACUCCGAAGAGAUGUAGACGUUCGGGGUUCAGGCUCCGGUCCACGUUUCCCGGGAGAUCCCUCAGCAGGCUUAAUUCUACGACUUCCCCGAGCGAGCCCUCGGGUUAGAACGACGGACUUUCCAAGUUUACCAAGUGCAAAUCCAAGAGAACCCAGAACGGCGUGACUCCUCUCAGACACUGAAGAACUUUCUGCUGUGAAGCAAAACACUCGGAUCUUGAAGCGACCGUCCUUGUGGAGGUGGGUCGACCGCUCAGGAGUGUCAGACACUGUCUCUGAAGCCAAGAUUACAUUUGCGUUGCUGCUGUAUUGUCU